CCCAGCCUUUGAACUUCACCGCUUUUGGCUCUCAUUCACGCGCUUCUCCUCAUUUCCCAGCCAGGUGCUUCACGGGGCGAGAAUCCUCCGAGAAAAAAAGCGCACAAACAGAUCGCGGAAACUUCGCUUGCCGCGCUGGAUUUUGUGGCGCGCGUGGCUGUUCUUCUCUCAGCCGAAUAGUGUCGUUUCUGAAGAAGAGAAAUCUUUCAACUUUACCACAAACACGGAAGAAUUAGUGGAUUUUUUCCCCAUUGAUGCCGUUUUCCAAUUUCUCCGGCUCUCUAGAAGUGGCAUGAUCCGUGUCUGUCUGCUGAGCAGGUGAAUACAAUUUUCUCUCGGUCGGUAGAAGAACUUUUUUUGUUGUUAUUUUAACAGGGAACCGUAAAAAUGUCAAAGCCGGUAGAUCACAUCAAGAGACCCAUGAACGCCUUCAUGGUCUGGUCAAGAGGCCAGAGGAGGAAAAUGGCUCAAGAGAAUCCCAAAAUGCACAAUUCAGAAAUAAGCAAAAGACUUGGCGCCGAAUGGAAGCUGCUGUCUGAAUCCGAGAAGCGGCCGUACAUCGACGAGGCCAAGAGACUGAGGGCUCAACACAUGAAAGAACACCCAGACUACAAAUACAGACCCAGGCGCAAGCCCAAGAACCUCCUCAAGAAGGACAGGUACGUGUUUCCUCUGCCCUACCUGGGCGACACGGAUCACCUGAAAGGACUUCCGGUCUCAGCCACGGACUCGCUCUUAGGUUCCUCGGAAAAAGCCCGUGCGUUCCUGCCGCCCACAUCAGCCCCUUACUCCUUCUUCGACCCGAGCCAGUUCAGCUCCAGCGCUAUCCAGAAGAUGACAGAGAUGCCCCACACGUUGGCCACCAGCACUUUACCUUACGCAUCAUCUCUGGGAUACCAGAACGGCGCAUUCGGGAGCCUGGGUUGCCCCAGCCAGCACACCCACACCCACCCGUCGCCCACAAACCCUGGGUACGUGGUGCCGUGUAACUGCACCGCAUGGUCGGCAUCGAGUUUACAGCCGCCUGUUGCCUACAUACUGUUCCCAGGUAUGACCAAGAGUGGGAUUGACCCGUACUCAUCAGCACAUGCCACUGCUAUGUGACUCCAUCACUAAAAACAGUCUCCUCGUUGAAAACUUGAAUACAGCAAUGCAUGUACAUAAGAAGAGAGGAAUGAUCAAGACAUUUAUACUGAGGCCGUGUGGACAUGAACUUUUCACCAUCUACGAGAGGUUCCUUCGAUCCCAGCUUGGAUCUUGGAAUAGAUGUAAGGCAGGUGCCCAGAACUGUAAGAAAUGUAAAUGUUCAAACGUUUAUUAUUAUGGCUACCGGAUUUGGAUGCCUUUAAUUUUAUUUAUUAUGUACAAUUUGAUGCUAUAAUAAUGCUACUUUAGUUUGAACACUUAAUAUAACUGUUAUUAUCAUCAUAUUAUUAUUAUUUGAAUGACUUUGAUUUGCACAGCUAACGGUUAGGAUCCAUGUUUCUUGUACAGCCUGUUGUAUUUACCAUUCUUUUUGGCACUCUGAAAUUCUGAAAUGAUAAGACUUCAGGGAUUUCAAAGUGCGAAAUUCAGCGUUUAAUAGAUUUUACGGGUUAUUCUGUUGUUUAUAAUGAUAUUGAGACAAACCGGCACCUAAAAGUAGACGGCCUAUUUAAAAUAUCAAAUGAAAAAGAAAAAAAACUCUGGUCCUUCAAUAUAUAUAUUUUUUUAUUUGGACAUUUCUUUUUUUUUUUUUCUUCUGUGGUUCAGUGAUAGUCACUCGUUCAUUUGAUUUCAGAAAGAACAUAAAGUCUGAAGCGAAGCAGUUCAUGUUGUAUUUUUAAUCUGCGAUGGUAACUUAAAUCCUGUCAUGUAACGGAAAGGAAAAUGUAUCUAAAAGGGUGAUACCUCGAUUCUUUGUUCAUUUGUCGAGCAAAGACAUUUUGAAUAAAGACAAUCUGUCUUAAAAAAUCAUAAUCCUUGUUGCAUUGCCUGUUUAAACUAUUUAUGAAUCUUCUUUUUGCAAUGCUCUUAUACAGUCGUGCCAAAAGGUAACAAGCAUGUCAGUAGUAAGUACGGUGAUCCCAAACAUGCGUUUUAUAAUGUUUACUCUCCCAGCUGUAUAGUUUUAUUUGU